CGCAGCCCGCUGCCGAAGGCCACGCUUGAUGGUCGUGCAGCGGGCACAAGACGGGUUGCACAAGCUCGACUGGGAAGGCGGGCCGCGAACGCUCGCACCGAGCCUGUAUCUGGCGCUCAGCGAACAUCUUGUACCCGCAGAGCUUCGUGCUCGCCGUCUCGACUCUCCCUCUCCGCGGUCCUAGCUGAACAUCUACCGUACGGACGACCCGAAGAUGCCGACAGACCAGCCCCGCACUAUGUCUGUAAUCGACUCGCCGCGCACCUCCGGAAGCACGCUCUCGGACGUGCCCGAGGAGCAGCCGAUGACCCCGAGCGCACGCUCGCCGUACUUCCACCAGGCGGUCACCGGCUCCGCAACGACGUUCAAGCCUGCUACGAGCACGACGUCUCUGUCCAGUGUUGGGGCGGGCAUCACUUCGCCUUCGAGGACACCGUCGGUGACGAGCCAGCGGACGCCUUCGGGACUCACGAGGUCGGGCACGGGGAGAUCGGCCAGCGGGGACGGGGGGCCAAGCGGGGUCGCAACCCCCAGGAACCCGCGGUCUGGGUCCCCGGCGACGCUGAAGGAGCGGGAACGGGAACCGCGGGAUGGCCGGGAGGGCAAGGACGAGAAGCAGGAGGGGGGCACAAGACGGGAGCGGGAAAGGGAAAGGGAAAGGGACAGGGAGGGGGGCGAGCGCGGGGGCGAGCGCAAGGGCGGGAGGCCAGGGCAGCCUCCACCGACGCACCGGAUACGCAACACGCCGCACCUGCCGCAUGCGAAGGACGUCGAGCUCACGCCGGCGACGCUCAUGCACUGGAGCAGGGCGCCGGUGUACGGCGCGAUGCCUCUGCAUGGGUCGAGGGCGCAUAGCGUGACGCUGAUCGAUAGCACUGCGUGGAUGUUUGGCGGGUGCGACGAGAGCUUGUGUUGGAGGGAUGUGUUCUGCUUCAAUACUGAAACGAUGCAAUGGUCCCACCCUGAGGUUGUGGGAGACAUCCCCCCACCCUGCCGCGCGCACACCGCGACGCUCGUCGACCGCAAGCUAAUCGUCUUCGGCGGCGGUGAAGGCCCCUUGUACUACAACGACAUCUACAUCCUCGACACGACCAUGCGCCGCUGGGUGCACCCGAUACUCCCCGAAGACGCGGUCAUUCCCCCGCCGCGCCGCGCGCACACGUCCGUCCUGUACAAGGGCAAGCUGUGGAUCUUCGGGGGAGGGAACGGGAGCACGGCGCUCAACGACGUGUGGACGCUCGACGUGAGCGGGCCCGUGGAUCGGAUGCGGUGGGAGCAGAUGGAGACGAGGGGGAAGAAGCCGACCCCGCGGGGGUACCAUACGGCGAACCUGAUCGGGAACGUUAUGGUCGUGGUGGGAGGGAGUGAUGGGAGGGAGUGUUUCUCGGAUAUCUGGUGCCUCAACCUUGAUACCUUACUAUGGAGCCUUGUAAAGCUCGGGGAGAACCACAAGCGGCUGUCGCAUUCGGCGACGCAAGUGGGAUCGUAUCUAUUCAUCUUUGGGGGGCACGAUGGGGUGACGUACAUGUCUGAUCUCUUGCUGUUCAACCUCGUGUCACUUCAGUAUGAGCCCCGCCAAAUCGCAGGGCGACCGCCGUCCGCCCGUGGAUACCACGCUGCUUGCCUCGCUGACAGCCGCCUAUUCAUAUUCGGAGGCUUCAACGGCGUUGAGGUCUUCGAUGACGUCCACCUCCUGGACCUCGCUGGCGCAGCGUACCUCCCACAGGUCACGAGCUUCCAUAUCGACGUCGAAUAAUCAUAUCGGUCCCCUCCAUCACCAUUCCCAUCUGUUCCUUCUGGCAUGCCCCUUCGUCAUCCACAUUUCCUUGGUUCCUGCGGCGAACAGCGCGAAGCGUAGGCCACCGCGGCAACCGCCUUCAACAUGUAACUUAUACCCGCGCACCCUCUCUGAUCAUGAUACGCCUAGCCAUCUAAUUUGCGUCGCGUCUGCUGUUUGCUGUCCUGCCUUCAUCCCUUCUCUUUUUCCCCGCUACAUAGCGUCAUCAAAGUGUGUAUCGUCUGGUGUCCAUCUCGUCC